UUGUUACUUGACGUGCUCGCAGUUUUAAAUUGAAAGGCACCGAAUGUAAAUUAACAAUAAGGAGACCAUUCUGGUAUACGCACUUGUUGAAAGACAACUAUUUAAAUAGUUGUAUUUAUAAUAGAAUUCUCACUUGUAUAUAUGUUAAAGUGCAUAAACAAUACGACUAAUACGGUCCUUAGAUUGUCAUCAAUAACAUAAAUUAUUGUUCUUCAUACUUCGAUAAUGUUCAGUUCAUCGUCAAAAUUUCAAGAGCAAACCGAGAGUAAAAUGUGGAAAAGAUGGCAACUAUUUCACGCCACAGACUUUCAGUCUUUGAUGUCCCCUGGCUUCAUCUUCUGUCGCAUCAUCGGAAUAUUUCCGUAUAAGAUUAACGCUUCGACCAUCGAGACUUCUAGACUGCGCAACAUUCUGCUGGCCUUUUUUCUUUGCGUGUUCUGCAUUUUCGAAUUGAACACUUUCCAUAAGAUUCUCAUUACUAAAACAGUCAGUUAUGGAGACAUAACCAAGAAUCUUGAGGCUAUCAGCUAUUUUAUAUUCGGUGGUUUUAUAGCGAUCAUUACGUAUGUCUUAAGCGGUCCUAGAAUGCGUGUACUACAGGCCAUGCUGGAGAUCUCUUCAAAACUACCUUCAGAAACAUAUCAGAAACUGUCUAGAUGGAUCCACGUAAAGGACAUCUUAGGCAGCUUCUUCGUAAUUAUACAGGAAUCCGUAUAUUAUUUCAGAGAAACUGAACAUUUCAUGUGUUUUGUGUUAUCAACAUACAUCGCUUUGUUGGUGUUUAAUAUGGAUAUGCAAUAUUUGAAUUGCGUUUGUGUAUUAAAAGCCUGUUUCAAAAGAAUCAACGACAAUCUGGCACAUUUGCAAAAUGACAUGAACGAUAAAUCAUAUGUUUCCAGACUGAUUUGCGACACGCAGGAAAAUCAGUUAUUACUGAUAAAGCUCAAGACCCUGAAAAAGCAACAUUUAAUAUUCAGCGAUAGAAUGCAAAUGCUAAAUGUAAUUUUCAGUCUACAACUCCUUGCUACUACAGCCUUGACCUUUACCGAAACCACUUUUGAAAUAUAUUCUCAUGUGAUUCGAUGGCAAAAUGGAGUGUCUAUAAUGUUGGAUAAUAAGUUUCGUGAUAUGUUCUUCUUAACAAGUAUAGCAUUUUGCCUUUUAAAAUUAAUAUUGAUAGUGUGGGCCUGCCAAACCAGCAAGAACCAAGCAUUUGAGAUGGCCACCACUAUUCAUGAUGUACUUAACUGUACCAGCGAUGAGCAAAUCAAAGAAGAGCUGCAUAUAUUUUCUUUGCAAAUAUUGCAUUGCGCACAAAGUACAUUUUCCACGAAAGGUCUUACUGUAGACGCGACGCUUCUUGCUGCGAUGGCGGGUAGCAUUACAACGUACAUAUUAAUCUUGGCACAAUUUAUGGUCAUGUCGCAUUCUUGCGAUAACAAGACUGCAAACAAUAUUACCCAAAUAACUAUCUAGAAAGAGGUACAUAACAUAAAAGAUACCCUUUACUAGAUAAUAAAAUACUUUCUCCUAUAUCAUUCUGAUUAAAAUAUAAUGAUAUGAUGUUUUAAGUUCAAAAAAGUUCAUGUGUA